AUGCUCGCGUUGUGCGUACGGGGAGCUCUCCGACCGGCUGUGCGGAAGUUCCCGCCGGGACUGAAGCGGGCACCAGCGGCGGUGCUGGCCGCGCCUCGGCCGGGGAUAGGGCGGCACGCGCCGGGCCGCCGGGCUGAGCAAACUGUCUGUGUGUUGCUGUGGACGCUCGACACCAAACCUUAUCAGGAAACCCUGGAGUCCUCGCUGCCGACCGCAGCCCAGAUCAGAUACGUGUUGCUCCACAACGCCAUCCCCUUCGUUGGCUUCGGUUUCCUUGACAAUGCCAUCAUGAUUGCAGCAGGAACACAGAUCGAGCUCUCUAUCGGCGUCACCCUGGGGAUCUCCACCAUGGCUGCUGCGGCUAUGGGGAACCUGGUUUCGGAUUUGGCCGGUCUCGGUCUUGCAGGCUAUGUGGAGGUUCUGGCUUCUAAACUGGGGAUGCAGGUUCCAGAUCUGACACCAAAGCAGGCGGACAUGUGGCAGACCAGGCUCAGCUCUCACAUGGGUAAAGCCAUCGGCGUGUCCAUCGGCUGUAUCCUGGGAAUGUUCCCGCUGCUUUUUCUGGACGAUGAGAAGGAGAAAGAGGCGUAGUGACGCAGCGUCACACUGAGCCACUGGAACUGCACAACACCACCACACCGUGAGCUGGAGGCUGUUAAAGAAGUAUUUACAGUUGGAUGUUUCUCCGUCCUCUGCUCAGGCGGCCUUCUCCCCGUGUGAGGCAGUGUGUGAACCGACUGAUGAUGACUGGUCCAGAAACUUCAGCACUCUUAAGCCUGGGCGCGUUCACGUGCUCCCAAGUACGUCUGCCUGUCAGUUCAACGAGAGGUCUCACUCACUCUACUCAUUUUAGAUUUGGCGAGCGAUUUUACCAGUUCACAUUCUCCUCAUUACCUCCACCUCUUCGAUUACUGUUAGCUUCGGUGGCCACUAGUGACACACGAUCCCCAGAGGCUUGUGAAUCAUUUGGUCUUAAAGACUUGAUCACGAGGCCACGUUUCCUUGUUAGACAUUUUAAUAAAUAGUGUAACAGUAGCAUCAGUAGCCAGGAGUCACAAAAUCAGUUCAGUAAUGACAUUUAUACAGAAAUAUUUACUUACUGUGUUUAAUUAACACAGACAUUUGAACAAGUCCGCGGUGGUGAGCUCAACGGACCCUCCACAGCUAAAAUCUAAGAAAUUAACUGUGUGUGUGU